CUGAAUUGCAUUUGUUGUAUUCCUUGUUCUUUCUUCAUUUCAUUUAUAUCAUAAUAUUUGCUGAGUUGAAUUUGUUUUUGGAAAUUGUUCAGCGAUAUUUAAAGUAAAUGACUGAUUGAGUUGAAAAUGUGAAAGUUCUUCUAUUUACUUGAUAAGCCAAUACUCACAAUGGGAACCAACGGUAAUGGUAGGCGCGGCGGAGUAAAACUGAUUGACUCGCGCCGCACAGAAGAGGGAGAAUGCGUGAAUGACAUGGAUAGCCCAGAGCUGGAUUUCAUAUAUGAUGACUGUGAUACACAAGCUAACGAAAUAGCAGAGCUGUACAGCUACACAGAACAUCCUGAAUUUCAACGCAACGUCAAAGCUUUCGAAGAUAUAAUGGAGGAAUUCAACUUUCCACCUAGUUGGCAAAGUUUAGAAAAAACACAACAACGAACAGUGAUUAUGAAGUUAUUGGAACACUUGGAUGUUGCAGUGACUGAAAUCCGUAUGCGAGCCACGCGUUGUAUAUUUUAUUUAGCACAAGGAUGUUGGGCUGAGGUGCAAUCUGAUGCUGAGCAAGCCUACUGGGCUCGUACCAACGUAAUGACCUUGUACGACAUGGGUGCAUUCUCCGCAUUUGUGGAACUUUUGAAUUUGGAAAUAGUCAAUUGUAGUACUGCCAUGGCUUCAAGAAAACUGGCUGAAUCUUUGGCAGAUUCAACCAAUCUUCGAGUGAUAUUGUCAGUAUUAUAUUUGAUGACAGAAUACAUGAGAACUGAAAAAGAUAACCCAGAAUCUGAAUAUGCGCAUUUGGUGAAAAACUUUAAAGAAGAACUUGGGACCCCAUUUGGUGAAGAGUUGCUGCCUGUCAAGUUACUUAGUAUGGUCACUCAUUUAUGUGCAGGUACUGCACCACAUUUCCCCAUGAAAAAGGUUCUUCUUUUAUUGUGGAAGAUUCUUCUUGUAUACUUGGGUGGCUCAAAAGAGUUAAAAGAGAAGAAAAUAAAGCUCAGAGAAAAGUAUGGACUUGAACCAUUAUCUGAAGAUACUUUGGAGAUUGUGAAAGGAAUGCGGGCCAGUUCACCACCUCCCAGUGCAGCUGACAUGUUGGAAAAUCAAAGCUUUGUGCCAAGGAAACUGAAAGAUAAUGAGAGAGCUAUAAGACGUCAAACCUUCAUGAAGCAAACAUCUCUCGAUGAAUCUGACGAGCAAAUAUUUGUUGACAAAGAAGAAACUGCCAAUGAUUCUGAGGACUAUGGAAUUUCCAUGGAAUUCCAGGAAAUGCCUCCUGAGAAUACAAGGAAUGAUAAUCCUUAUUAUAUGUAUUUUAAGCAGUUCGACAGCCCCCCACCUCCUCCCCCCUUGCCACGAAGUUUGCCGUGGCAGUCUAAAGUGCGUCAGAGGGAUAUUGACAUGUUUUUGGAUAAUGUUCGAGUAAAGUUUGUGGGCUACUCCCUACCAGGGGACAGGCAAACCAUAGCUGGUCUACCUCAGCCUAUCCACGAAGGGAUAGAUAUUCUGAAAAGGCACAUGUACACCAGUAUAUCAGAAAUUCAAAUAGAAAGAGAGCUAGAAAUAGCUCGGAGUCCGCUCACAAAAGGAGAAAAGGAAGUUGAAGAAACAGAGGUUGAGAUUCUCUACAGAGCGAUGCUUCCAAACCUGCCGCAGUAUAUGAUAGCCCUACUGAAAAUAUUGCUGGCUGCAGCACCAACAUCUACAGCAAAGACUUACUCAAUAAACAUAAUGGCAGAUUUACUACCUGAAGAAAUGCCUAUGACAGUUCUACAAUCUCUGAAACUGGGAAUUGAUGUUAAUCGCCACAAAGAGAUUAUUGUGAAAGCUGUUACAGGCAUUUUAUUAUUGUUAUUGAAACACUUUAAACUGAGCCAUGUCUACCAGUUUGAAUUUAUGUCACAACACCUUGUGUAUGCUAACUGCAUGCCUUUGGUAUUGAAGUUUUUCAAUCAAAACAUUUUGUCAUAUGUGGGAGCUAAGAACUCCCUUCCUAUAUUCGAAUUCCCUGCAUGUGUUAUUGGUGAACAGCCUGACUUAACUAAGGAAUGUUUGGAAAUUGGAGAUUCAUCAGUUCCAUAUUCAUGGCGGAAUGUUUUCUCGUGCAUCAACUUGCUUCGGAUUUUAAACAAGCUCACAAAAUGGAAGAAUGCUAGAAUCAUGAUGUUGGUUGUUUUCAAGAGUGCUCCAAUAUUGAAACGGACACUAAAAGUAAGACAUGCACUGAUGCAAUUUUAUGUGUUAAAAUUAUUGAAGAUGCAAACUAAAUACUUGGGACGGCAAUGGAGGAAAACAAAUAUGAAAACAAUUAGUGCUAUUUAUUCAAAAGUAAGGCACAGGCUCAAUGAUGACUGGGCGUUUGGGAAUGAUGUUGAUGCUAGACCUUGGGAUUUCCAAGACGAGGAGUGUGCUCUUAGGGUCAGCGUGGAUCGUUUCAACUACAGAAGAUAUGGUACUGGAGGAGACCAUGCAUUAGAUCUGACACCAGUUGAGACUGACAUUAACAGUGUUCUGGAGACCAGUAUAGAUCUUGAUGAAGAGUUCAAGGAAAAUUAUGAGGCAUGGCUUGAACAAGAAGUCUAUAACAAUGAGAUUAAUUGGGAUAUAUUAUUGGCUACAUAAUUUACAUUUCAGCAUUGAUACAGCAAUUCUAAUUAGUCUGUGCCCUUGAUUCAGAGUAAUUGAAGCAAAAGACACUUUAAAUAGCAAAUAAAACAAAUAUAAAUAUAAAGUUACAAAUAAAUGUAAUGCAUGUGUUAAGUUUUUGAGCUUUUCCAAUAUGUGAGCAUCACCAUGAUUAUAUGGGCACAGUCUAAAAUAAAGAGGAUUCUAUUGAAUUAAAGUCAACAUUAUAUGUAGUAAUAGUUUUGAAGUAUGAGUAGUUGGAUUUUGUGUUUGAUAGACUAGGAGAAUUAUUUCUCUCACAGAAAACAGCUAGAGGUAUACCUUAGUACUUAUGAAUUUGUAAAGAUGUUUAAAGUUGUACUGUUUUUCAACAUUUUAUAAAUACGACCUUCAUUCAUUGAGUGAAAUUGUCUAAAUUGUUUCGUAGUGUGUAGACUUAAUCAUGAUGUUUUAUUUAUUAUGCAUGCAUCAAUAAAAUUAUGGUAAUUUUCUAGUUUUAAAAAAUGUGUAAUAUUAGUAAAUGUAAACAAACAUACUCAUUAUUAGAUCAACAUUAUGACGAAUUAGUUAUGAAUUGGAUCAUGUUUUUUGAUUUGGACAUGAGUCAUGUUAAAAACAAGACCAUCAAAAAUUUAACAACAGGUAGGGUUUUGGAAACCAACUCUACUUAAUGAAAUGAACACAGUUGUCGCAAUAUGUACUUUUAAAAAGCUUAUCGAAUAUUCAGUUAUAUAUAUCCAUGUGUAAA